AUGGCCGCUGAUCGGAAGAAGGCCAGCUACUACUCGGAUGACUCCGAGGAGGAAUACGAGGCCGGCGACCAGCUAGACUUCGACCCGAAGGACUACUAUGAUGACGAGGACGAUGACAGCACCGAGGGCGAUGGCCCCGAGUCCGACGCGGAAGAGGUCUCCGUGUCCGAGGGUGAUGACGAGGACGAGGAGGAGUCCGAGUCUGAUGUCGUCGCUGCCGCCGCUCCCGCCCCCGCCACUUCUGAUGGGCCUGGCGAGGCAGAGGACUCGGACGAUGUCUACGACAGUGAGGACGAAGAGGAUGACGAGGCCGGGGAGGCCCACUCUUCGACCGGCGCCAGUGCUGCCGCCCCCGCCGCCGUCCCCAUCCUUCAACUCCCUGCACUUCAACGUGUGCUCUUCCGAUCUGAUGGGCCUGGCGAGGCAGAGGACUCGGACGAUGUCUACGACAGUGAGGACGAAGAGGAUGACGAGGCCGGGGAGGCCCACUCUUCGACCGGCGCCAGUGCUGCCGCCCCCGCCGCCGUCCCCAUCCUUCAACUCCCUGCACUUCAGGUGCCCGUCCGCACGUUCAUCGAGGUGGCCCCUGUUGUCGCACAGUCGACGGCCGUGGCCCCAUCCGCCGCCCCCGUCGCCGCUGCAACUGCUGCUGGUGGUCCGGCUCUUCCACCGGUCACAGCGGCUGGGUCUCUCACCGGGGCCACCGCUCCUGCUUCCGGCUCUGCUACCACCCCGGCGGCUGUUGCUUCCCGUCCAGCGGGUGCCCCCGUCGCAUCUCCAGAUCGGGUGAGCGUCGUGUAG